AUGGGCAAUCUGCAACAAGCCUAUUCCCACAGUGGACAUUUACAGGGCCCUAUGUUUUCUGCAGAUCUAUUAAUUAAGAGUCGAGGACUAAUCAUAUUUCACAGCCUUCUAUUUAGCACCGGCUUCAAACAUAGCUACAGUACUACUCAGCUCAUGAGCAGGAAAUUUGGGGCACAAUCAAUACAGAUUGCAGAGACACUUGAAACAAUAUGGCAUGCAGAAAUAAGGCAGGUGGACUUCGAGAAGGCGUAUGAUUCUGUUUCAUGGUCUUUCCUGGAUUACAUGCUGGAUAGGAUGGGCUUCAACCUUACAUGGAGAAAAUGGAUCAAGGCUUGUUUGCAAUUUGCCACAAUAUCAAUCCUAGUAAAUGGCAGCCCUACAAAGGAAUUUGUUCCCACUAGAGGUUUGAGACAAGGGGAUCCUUUAGCCCUCUUGCUCUUUGAUAUAGUGGCUGAAGGUUUGACAGGAAUGAUGUGGGUAGCAACAGCCAAGAACCUGUACAGAAGUUUCAUGGUAGGGAAGCAAAGUCAGCCUGUAAAUAUUCUGCAAUAUGUAGAUGAUACAAUAUUUGUGUGGCAUGCUUCAUGGGACAAUGUCAUUGUUUUGAAGCCUAUGCUAAGGGGUUUUGAAUUGGCAUAUGGAUUGAAGAUUAAUAUUGCAAAAAGCCAAUUUGGGAUUUUUGGAGCUGGGGCUAAUUGCAUUCAUGAAGUAGCACAAUUUCUGAACUGCAGACAUAUGGAGACUCCUUUCCAUUAUCUGGGCUUUCCCAUUGGGGCAAAGUCUACCAAUAGCUUGGUGUGGGAACCUCUGAUCAGCAAAUAUGAAGCUAAGCUAUCUAAAUGGAAUCAGAAAAUUUUAUCUAUGGCUGGAAAGUUGUGGGCCAGGAUACUAAUGUCAAAAUAUGGAGGCUGGUCAGAUCUUAGUAAUGGAAGGGACAAAGCUAGGCAUUCUCAAUGGUGGAAGGACCUCCGAAAGCUAUAUCAGCAACCUGAGUUCACUCUUAUUCAUCAGCAGAUGUUGUUCUUGAUUAGUGGUCAGCAGAAUAGUACCAUCUCGAACAUGGGAAGCUUCUCUCAAGGCAAUUGGUGUUGGGGCUUAAAGUGGAGAAGGAAUCUAUUUGAUUAUGAGCAACAUAUAGUUGUGGCAUUUAUGGAAGCAAUUACUGAUAUACAAAUCCAGGCUCAUAUGCAAGAUAUUAUGGUCUGGAAAGCUGAUCCCAAUGGUGUAUAUUACACUCUUCAGCAGAAAUAUAAUCAGGUUUUCCUGAUAAGUAGACAGCAAAAGGCCCACAUUUCUUGA